UCACGGGGGCACUGGAGGAGAGCAGGCUUUAAAAAUGUCUGCCGUGGUUCUCAGUCAUCCUGGUCAUUUAAAUGGUUCGUCUAGACUGGCUUGGUCUGUAGAAGACAUUACACCUCUCAUCCAAGAGGCUUCACAGUUCUAAGUGAAUGCUGGGUAAUCUCGCUAUCUCGUAGCAUCUGAGUUACUUACCCUUAAGCAAGUAUAUAAAACAUCAACAUCAUGGUGUACAUUAUAACAAUAGCAUAACGAAACAAGAAACGUAAAAAACAAACAAAAUAAAUGUAUAAAGUACAGAAUUAUAUAAUGUAGUAUACACAAAAAUUAUUUAAGUAAAUCUAAAGUCAAAUUACGGAUGUAUGAGGAGUAAAGGGCAUAAUACGCGGUGAAAAAAUAGUUGCAAGAAUAACAAACACAGAACAAUGGUCAGUCAGAAGUAUUUAGGGAUAAAACUUUAAUAGUAAAGUGUUCUUUGUUUUACUUUGAUAACCUAGGUAUUCCCGGGGUUGACGUCUCACAUCCCGUCAUGCAUCACUCGAAUUCAAUGAGCGUUGACGGCCACCUGCAACUGCCAACAGGUGAAGUUGAACAAACGAAGAAACAAACAAAUAUGGCAGAUAGUCGUUGUAUCCAGGCAUGGCAGAACACUCAAAGACGAGCGAAGGGAUGGGAAUUUUACAGGAACCCUAGAGACUGCGAAAGACGACAAAGUGGAUAAGUGCAAUUAAACAAGCCAUGAGCAAUCAGGGAAAAACGGAGCAGUGGGACCUUACAUGCGACGACUUCCGCUUACACAGCGAUCUCAUUAUAUCAGUGCCAAACCAGCCUGUUCUGAAACAGGACCGAGAGGAAGACAACAGAAGAGACGGAGUCAAGCAAUUACUGAAGACAAUAACACGGUCUGAGUUGGAAGAGUGAACCGGAGAGCACAGCUGUGUCAGAGUUUGUCAAAGGAGCCUAAAGAAAGAGAACAUAAAAACACUUGUCAGAUAAUAAAAGGCGACAUAACAUUCAGCAAAGUCAAGGGUUGGGGGCGCAGAGGAUGGUGAGCAUCACUGUGAUGCUGAUGAUGAUGAUGAUGAUGAGGCUGUCAAGGUGUCCUCAAAUACAGACGUCGUCGUGUGACGUGGGUAGAGAGAGAGAGCGAAAAAGAGAAGAGGGAAGUAUGCGCGUGAACGUGGCGAAGAUUAGAGCGGGGUGGAUGAGAGGAGGUUUUGAGAGAAUUCCACGAGUCGCCAUCACGGAUCCCCGCUGUCAGUCCUCUACGCUUGGACCAAUCGUGUCGCAGGAGCUGGCAGGCUCGUCCACCCCGGGCCCCAUCCUCUUUGCCCCGCCCCCCUCCUUGAGCUGUCCUCUCUGUGCACGCGCCUGCCAGGCUCGCCCCUCUCCCCUCACCACCACCAUCAGCACCACCUCCACCACCACCACUAGGUCGAGUCGAGGAGGAGGAGGAGGAGGAAGAGGAGGAGGAGGGAUGAGGCGCACGGUGGAGGGGAAAUGGCUGCCGAAGACAAGCCGGAAGGACUGAAGAAGAUAAGAAAUCCAGAACGAACUGUCAGGAUUGCCGUUGGCUACACAGGACACACCCCUCCCAAGAGUGACGACGCUGACGCCAACAAUGAGCCGGGCCAAUUGAAAAUCUACCUUCCUAAGAAGUUGCUGGAGUGUCUACCCAAAUGUUCCUCUCUGCCCAAGGAGCGCCAUCGCUGGAACACCAACGAGGAGAUUGCUGCAUAUCUCAUCACUUUUGAGAAACAUGAUGAGUGGCUGACAACAUCGCCAAAAACCAGGCCUCAAAAUGGCUCUAUGAUUCUGUACAACCGCAAGAAGGUGAAAUACAGGAAAGAUGGAUACUGCUGGAAGAAGAGGAAAGACGGGAAGACCACCCGAGAGGAUCAUAUGAAGCUCAAAGUGCAGGGAGUCGAGUGUCUGUAUGGCUGCUACGUCCACUCCUCCAUCAUCCCCACCUUCCAUCGUAGAUGCUAUUGGCUGCUGCAGAACCCGGACAUUGUGCUGGUGCACUACCUGAACGUGCCAGCGGUUGAUGAUAGUGGGAAGCCAUGUGGUCCUGUCCUCUGCUCCAUCAACACAGACAGGAAGGAGUGGGCCAAGUGGAGCAAAGAGGAGCUCAUCGGGCAACUCAAACCCAUGUGUGCUGGAAGCAGCCUGCAUCAAAAAUGUUCCAGUGUCAAGCAGCGCAUCAUCUCAUCCAAGCAGGAGUCAGGGACAGCAGGAGGUGCACCUGCAGUGGGUACUGGGAUAGCAGCAGGCCAGAGGCAUGAGGAGGCAGAUGGCACAGAGGUCCAGAACAGUGAUGUGUCAGAGGGUCAGACAGAUCCCAGUCCUGGAGGAGGCAGGAGCAGAGUGGGCGGAGGAGAGAGGAGGAACGGCAGAAUCACCAAACCCUCGCUGCUCCCACAGAGCAGCAUGGAGGUGUCGUCCUCUACUUCUAACAACCAGGUGGAGGUGCCUGACACCACCCAGAGCUCUCCCCUGUCAAUCACCAGUGACAUGGCUGACAGCCCAGCUCUCUCCAUCGGAGCUGGCCUGUCACAGAGCACAGCUGUCUUUAUGUCAGAGGUCACCACACUGACUGGGGAUUCCGUUUACUCUGCUGGCCACACUCACCUUCUGGCCUCAACCCACGAGGGCACCACCGCAGGCAUUUUAUUAGCUGUUGCCCCUGAAAACCAGAGGUUUGCAUCAUUUUCUGGAGGAGUUGGCUUAGGGGAGGGGGGAGAGUUGGUUCUGUCCAGCUCUCUGGACACUGGAGGAGCAGUCAGCCUCCCUGAAACCACCAUGACCUUUGAUCCAGAUUGCUUCCUCAACAACCCCAAGCAGGGGCAGACGUACGGAGGGGGCGGAGGGAAGACCGAAGGGUGUAACGGUGAUGACGGAGGACUCCACUGUUCUUCUAACGGCUUUGUCUACAACCCAGCCCUCGUCAACAACAUCAAGACAGAGGCGCCCCUGGAGCAGCCACUGACCAACCAGAACAGCUAUGUGGGAGAGGGAACGGGCCUCAGCCCCAGCACCACCCUGGAGCAAAUGGACUUCAGUGCUGUCAUGUCAUCUGCCUGUGUGCCGAGUCUGAGCCAGACCACACACCACCCCUCCACGAGCCUCUUCCUCCAGGCAUCACCGCAGGCAGGCCAGCCCUCCCAGCUGCAGACCAAUGGCACUGAGGGAACACAGGACUCAGCGGAGGGCCAGACGUACAUUGGUCUGCCCUCUGUGCCCACGGACUCCACAGUCACCAACGGAGAUCCACAUACACAACUCCACCAAGCCAACCCAGACCAACAGGCUCUUUGUGGACGCAGUGGGCAGGGGCCAGCAGUGGGGUCUUUUCCUCUGUCCACACCGGACACCACCAUUGACCAGUCAGGCAGCAGUGGACAUCGAGAGGUGGGGGUCUUGGAGAAAGCUGAGAACGGAGGGGAUUUACUGCUCAAGGCGGCGGAUCCUCAUGACGCCUAUGCAAGUGUGGACACCGAGCACUAUCUGCAAACUACAGACGAAAGUAGGGGAGGGGAGGAGGGUGCUGGAGGGGCAGGAGGUGGUGGAGGGGGAGGAGAACAUGAAAUUCUCUGUAAUGGUGUGUCUUUACCAGGGGCCGGGGGCUCCUCGGUGGUUGCCAGUCCGCAGUCAAUAGCUGGUGGCACAAGCAUGGAGGGGGCGCUCUACACCUCUCCUCUACCUCAGCAAGGUGGCGGCGUGUCAGCUGCAGCCGCUGGGGCAGGAUCGGCCAUCAGCCUGGAGGGUUUCGAGGCUUCUUUUGGAAGCCAGUUCUCUGAUCUCAUCAACGAUUUCAUCUCGGUUGAGGGUUCUGGAGGUGGGGUGGCAGCGGCCGUGACGGGGGUUCUGAUGCCCCAAGAGGGCACACCAGGGGACGAGCAGGGAGCAGGAGCGGGUCACCUGCCGGGAUCAGAGGUGGAGCAGGGAGCUCUGGGACUCCUUCAGGAGACUGGGAGGCUGUUUGGUGUGACAGACUACUCUCCAGAGUGGUCUUAUCCCGAGGGUGGAGUUAAAGUCCUGAUCACAGGUCCAUGGUUGGAGUCCAGCAGCGAGUACAGCUGUCUCUUUGACCACAUCAGUGUCCCUGCUGCCCUCAUUCAGCCUGGGGUGCUGCGUUGCUACUGCCCAGCCCAUGACACUGGACUGGUGAUGCUACAGGUGGCCAUGGGUGGUGAAAUUAUCUCUUCCUCUGUGGUGUUUGAAUAUAAAGCGCGUGACCUUCCUGCCCUCCCGUCUUCUCAGCAUGACUGGCUGUCCCUGGAUGACACACAGUUCAGAAUGUCCAUCUUGGAGCGUCUAGAGCAAAUGGAACAGAGGAUGGCUGAGAUUUCCAAUCAGAACCCUGGCUCAGAAACCAUGGCAACCCAGGGUGGAGGAGUGGAGAGUGGAGGAGGAGGAGGAGGAGGGGCCACUGAUCAGCAGUCUCAAAUUUCUCCUGACCAGGGUUCAUUCGAGGGCCGUGUGGUGGUGGUGUGUGAGAAGAUAAUGUCUCAGCCAUGCUGGGCUUCCUCUAAUCAGCUUGUGCACAGUAAGAACUCCAGAGGUAUGACCUUACUACAUCUGGCUGCAGCUCAGGGCUACGCGGGGCUCAUUCAGACACUCAUUCGCUGGCGCACAAAGCAUGCUGACUCCAUUGACCUGGAGCUGGAAGUGGACCCUCUAAAUGUAGACCACUUCUCCUGCACUCCACUGAUGUGGGCUUGUGCUCUGGGCCACACCGAGGCAGCACUGGUGCUCUAUCAGUGGGAUCCCAGAGCUCUAUCUAUUCCUGAUUCUUUAGGACGCUUGCCGCUCAACAUUGCUCGGUCAAGAGGCCACACUCGAUUGGCUGACCUCUUAGAGCAGAUGCAACAGACUCCUCAAGCUCAGGGCCAGCCUGCAGACACUUGGAUGGACAGGUGGAGGGGGGAGUCACGGAUGAGCGGAAUAAGCAACAGCCCCUCCCCAACCCGUAACUCAGAGUUGAGAAGAGAUAGGACUGAAAACCAGCCAGACAACCAAAGCCAGGGCUGGAACCAAACAGGACUGAGAGCCUCACAGGGCAACCAGGGAGAACAAGGCGGUCCACCCCCAGCCAAGCGACUCAAAUCCAGCCCUGAUUCCCAGCAACAGCUAGCUAACUCAAUACCCAAAACAAAGAUCCUCAACUCCCUCCUCAACACACCCUCAAGUCCAAACUCUCACUGUUCUGUUCUGUCCAGCACCUACACCCUUCAAACUCAACCCUCAAACCUCAGCUGUCAGAACACACCUCCUGCCAGCAUGGGCCCAAACCGACCUCAGCUCCCCAACUCCCCAUUCUCCCACCUGCAGGCCAGGAUCGGGGAGUCUGGAGAAGGCAACAGGUGGAGUCUGAGACAGACCCUUGGGCAAUGUAGUCUGGCCAGGAGGGUUUUAGGAAAAGAACGGCUGGCCAGUCACCUGCGCCAAAGAGUGCUGUCAGACAGGGGAGAGGAGACAGAGCUGCUGACCUAUCAGGAUAACAGUGAAGACUUGCAGAUGGAUAUUUCAAUGUUAGCUGAUCACAUCGUGGAGACUUCAGCUGUGAGGCUCAAACAGGAGGUCGUGGAGCCUGAAACGGAGAGUGAGAAGGCGUGGAUGAACAGCAAUGUCAGGUUACUCUCUGGUUACCUCACCGAGGUCGAAAGGUUUCUGAGCUGCAAGUCCCAGACUCCCAGCCCCAGACCAAACUCUCUCUCAGGGCCUGAGGAUCAGCAGAGUCCUCAGGCUAAGCAAGCCCCAUCCUCCCCCUUCGACUGGAGCUCCUUCCCCUGUGCAGCUACAAAAGAGGACAGGUUGAAGAGUGACUCGUCUUGUCUAGCCAUGACUGAAGGAGAGCAGGCAGAGCUGUAUGAGAUCAUCAGGCAUGCUCUGCACUCCCUCAGAAGACAUAAGGGUCCCAUUCAGGAACAACGCAAAGAGAUCGCAGCUGUAAUUCAACGCUGCUAUAAGAGAUAUAAACAGUAUGCACUUUAUAAGAGGAUGACCCUGGCAGCCAUCCUGAUUCAGAGUCGUUUCCGGAGUUUCCAUGAGCAGAGGAAGUUCCAACAGAGUCGUAGGGCAGCCGUCCUCAUCCAGCAAUACUACCGCUCUUACAGACACUCCCUCAGCCUCCUAACUAAAAAACAGAACCAGGCUGCUCGCAAGAUCCUGAGAUUCCUGCUCCGGUGCCGCCACAGCCCCUUGAUGGACCAUAGGCCUCUAAAACGGGGCCAGAGAGCAGAGAAAGGCCAGGGGUCCUGAGAGCCCGUCACCAGGCCCCACACACAGCUCCCUCAGCCUGUGAGCAAUCUAUUUAUCCUCCCUGCCCUCCAUCCCUUCCUCUUGUUUUUAUUUCUCCCCUCUUCCA